AUGCCGAUGCUGUGGACUCCCGAGGCUGAUGUCAAGCUCCUCCGUGGCAUCCUCCUCCAGAUCAAGGAGACUGGAGUCAAACUGGACAUCAAACAGCUCUCGGAAUUUAUGGGCCCUGAAUGCAACGUCGGAGCUGUGAAGAACCGUCUUUCCCGCCUCCGUACCAACGCUGACGGCUCCGUCACUGAGGAUAGUGGCUCCUCGGCCCCUGCAUACAGCCCACCUAAACGCAAAUCUGGCUCCUCUCCUCUGGCUCCUAAGAAGAAGAAGACAGUUACUGGCAAGAGCAACGACACCGGCUCUGAGAUCUCCGUCGAGGUUCCUAAGAAGGCCGACUUCCAGGAUGACAAGGAUGGUCACUAG